CCUAGCCAAAGAUGGACCAGAGGAAGACAAAUCUCACGUUUCCACUCGCAUAAUGGCCACAUAUGGCUAUGCAGCUCCCGAGUUCAUCGCGACCGGGCAUUUGAGUCCUCGUAGCAAUGUGUACAGCUUCGGAGUCGUCCUUCUCGAGCUUCUCACCGGAAGGAAAUCGCUCGACAAAUCAUGGCCGGCUCGCGAACAAAACCUCACGGAUUGGGCUCUUCCUCUACUCAAAAAGAAGAAGAAGUUGGACAACAUAGUAGACCCCAGGUUACAAGGAGAUUUCCCCAUCAAAGCCUUCCACAAAGCAGCCAUGCUAUCUUAUCACUGCCUCAACCACGACCCGAAAGCGAGACCUCUCAUGCGAGACAUUGUCGAUUCCUUGGACCGUCUUCAGCUUUCUCCUCACCCGCUUCCGACUGAAAAAAACCGCAAUCACCGUCUCCACCGAGGUACCGGAUCAGUUGAAUGUUAAGACUUUUACAGAAUUUGGUGCUCCUCUAUAAUAUAACAACCUUCUUGUUCCAACAUACACAUACAUAAAAUGUAUAUGUAUAUAUGUAUGCAUAUGGAGGCAGGUGGUGGUCAUUCAUUUGUUGCUGACAUGGACGAAUGUAGUGAGCAUAUUGUUUGUGGGAAGCC